AUGAGUGAGAACACCCGACAUUCUGCGCCCAGCCUGUCAGGAUCAUCUGGUUCAAAAUCUGCUGAAAGCACGGAAGUUCAAGAAGCUACGUUUGAAGGUAUAUAUUCUACCAGCUUACGCUGGUCCCACUGGUCAACCGUUGGAGCUUGUAUUGUAAACGAGCAAAACCAGAUCGUGGGUGUUGGCUACAACGACAUAUGGACAGGUCUUCAUGCCGAAGAUCAUGCAAUCCGCAAUAGAACAGCCAGCCUGGAAGGGUGCAAAAUAUUUAUCACCCUCAACCCGUGCCCAAAAUGUGCUGAUCUGAUUAUCAGACAUCGUAUAUCAGAGGUUUUCUACAUGAAGGUUACAAACUCGGACCAGCACAGAGAUGCUAAGGAAAAGCUGGGCCAGAGCGCCCGUAAACAUGCACGGAAAAAUGGGCACAGUAUUCUACUUAAUCCAUCUCCAACUGUGGCCCAGCUUCGCUCUGAACUAUCAUCCAAACCCCGUAUGAUGUUCCGCAACGAUCAGAACAGACAGAAGUUGCAGUACAUUAAAGGCUUACCGUUUGUGAGGAUUAUUCCAGAGUUUGACACACCAAACUGGAGGUUGACGAAUUUGUGCAGGCAAUUUAUCCCAGAACAACAGCAGCGUCCAAGUGCCAGGGAACCUGUCUUCAACAACUUACCAGUCAAUACCACGGGACAAGCUGAUGGACAAUCAUCAUGUCGGUUUGGACAUGCAGGAGAAACAGGCUGUCGGUAUAACUGUAACUGUGACGGGAUCUGUGACAGUCAGACAGGCUGUAGCGGGAAAUGUACUGCGGGCUGGGACGGACCUACAUGUCAGAGACGUAAUGUGGCCCUGAACCAGAGGGCGAGCCAGUCGUCUGUCUGGUCUGGUUACACCGCUAACAACGCCGUGGACGGUAAACUAGGUCAUAAUCUGUAUGAUACACCUUGUACUCAUACCAACCUUGCUAAUGGAAACUGGUGGACGGUAACAAUGGACAGGAAUUACAGUAUUUACAGAUUCCAGAUCUACAACAGGAAUGGAAAUUGUGGUUCCGUGUCCAACCCAUGCGGACGCCGGCUGAACGGCUUUACUCUGAGUGUGUGGACCAACUACCAGAGCUACAUGAAGUGUUACACAGACAGGACAAACAUUAACUACAGCCCCGGGGACAUCAUCAACGAAAAUUUAUCCACCUACUCACCUAUCCGCCUGUAUGAUACCUUUCUAGAUUGCCCCAAUGGUACAUUCGGUGACCAGUGUCACGGGAGGUGUGGCCAGUGUAAGGACGGGAUCCACACGUGCGAUCACGUGAACGGCACGUGCACCAGCUGUGCAGAUGGCUGGCUGGGAGAUCUCUGUAAAGAAGCUGCACCAAUGGAUAGUCCUACAAGUGAGAUGUUAGUCGCCGGUAUAGCUGGUGGAGUCUCAGGAGCCGUGGUUCUCAUACUGGUGGUGGCGGUUGUCGUCCUCACCGUCCGCAGAUUGCGUUACGGUGGUUUACUUGACAGACGGCGUCGUGGCGUGUCUCAGAAAGACCCGGAUGCAGAGCUUCAGCCGAGUCACUUAGUGGCGAGGCCUCAAAACGGUGAUCCAGUACCACAACACAACAUAGAAUACGAUGAGGAGGAUGAGGAGGACGAUGACGUUGCUGCUGAUGUAGCCUCAGCAGGCUUUGUGAACCCUGGCGCAAUUCAGGAGAGCACUUGUGUUCCCGUGGAGGAAUUCCGACGGUACAUGCUCAGGAAAAAGACUUCCGUGGGAUUUAAGGCUGAGUUUGAGACAUUUCCCGUGGGACUACACGCUAAGCAUGACGUGGCUAACAAACCUGAGAACAAGAACAAAAGCCGUUAUCGGAAUCUCGUGGCUUACGACCAUUCACGGGUCCAUCUGAAGCAGUUCGGCGACGAGGAUACCGAUUACAUUAACGCUUGCUACAUCGAUGGUUACAACGAACCCAAAAAGUACAUCGCAUCUCAAGGUCCAACUGAUGUGAUCAUCAAUGAGUUCAUGCGCAUGAUCUGGGAACGAAACACCGGCAAAGUUGUCAUGGUGACCAAUUUGGUGGAGAAGACAAAGACUAAGUGCGUCCAGUACUGGCCAGACGGACAACCCAAGCAGUUUGGUUUCAUCAGCGUCUCCCUGCUGGACGAAGAGAACUUCUCUAACUACGCCAUCAGAAUUCUGCAACUAAAGCAUUUGGAGAUGCAGAAGACCCAGAUCGUCAAACAAUUUCACUUCACGGCUUGGCCAGAUCAUGGUGCGCCCUCUAACGCCAGUGGCUUAUUGGACUUCCAGAGAAAAGUCCUGGGACAUAAAUCACCAUUGAUUGGGCCUAUAGUGGUGCACUGCAGCGCCGGAAUAGGCCGUACAGGAACGUUCAUAGCUCUGGACUACCUGAUAAACCAGGCCAAAGAGGAAGGUGUGGUGGAUGUGCCGGCCUGUGUCAGACUCCUCAGGGAACAGCGAGUCAACAUGGUCCAGAGUUUGGAGCAGUAUGAAUUUCUGCACGAGGCCCUGGCAGAAGCCCUAGAGCUUCAGGAAGGGUCAAUCCCAGGUGUGAAUUUCUCCAGCGUGUUUGCUGAUCUCUGUACAGUUAACCCAGAGACCGGACAACUGAAGAUAGCCGAACAGUUUCAGCGGCUGAAUGAGAAAACCUCUCCUCUGGACAAGGCUAAUCUGGUGACAGCUUUACAUCCUGACAACCUGCACAAGAACAGGUCUGACAAAAUUGUCGCCGCGGACAACUGCAGGCCUUACUUAUCCACUCCAGUGGCUGGCAAAAACAACUACAUAAACGCCGUCUUCCUUCCCAGCUAUAUGCUGAAGAGAGGUUUCAUCAUCACACACACGCCAUUACCGAAGACUGUGGUGGAUUUCUGGCGUCUGGUUUAUGAUCACGGCAUCGCCACCAUCGUUAUGCUGGACGAUGUGGACAACGAAUCUGAGAACGUGGGUAUAUACUGGACGGAGAAAAGGAAAACGUUCGAUCCUUUUGAUGUAAAAUGUACGCAGAAGGAAGAGGAAAGUGGCUUCACAGUAAGGACGUACAACCUGGCCUACAAGGACACGAAAGUGCCGUGUCCAAUCAAGCAGUUCCGCUGUGGGCUCUGGUCGAGCGCGCCUUCUUGUGAUUCAAUUCCUUCCCUGCUGGCCGUCAUAGAUAGCGUGACAAGCUGGCAAAAGGUGGCCGGAAACCAGCCUAUCUUGGUUCACUGCAGGGACGGACUAACAAACAGUGGACUAUUCUGCGCGGCCUCAUUUGUACUCGAGCGACUGAAACUUGACAGAGACGUUAACAUUCCUCAAGCCGUCAAACAAAUGCGGGUGGCCAGGCCUCAGAUUAUCACUGAUUUGGAUCAGUUCCGGUUCCUCCACCAGGUGGCGCUGGCAUAUCUGGAAACUUUCCACACUUAUGCCAACUUCAAAUAAUUUUAUGGAAGUUUGCAGUGUCAUCUCCAUCAUAAGAGCAGUAGGA